UUGCAUAACUUCCAGACAUCAUGUUACACGCAAUGAGAAAACAAUGGUGCCCAUGGCCAGUGCGUGUAAGUUAAGGUGCCAUUAACUAUGUUAAAAACGUGGUGUUAAUCUUUCAGGUCAAAAAUCCCAUCUUUAACCAUUCUUGGCUUCUUGCCGCCCUCCCCAGCACCGCAGACUUUGGAACCUUCUACCUCUUAUAAAUACAGAAAUUAGUUUCUGGGUUUCAUCCAAAAACGGAGGAAAACUCAUAAAGAAACGAUGGGAAGCUUAGCAAACAACGUUGUAAGUAAUAAUCCGAGGAAGCCCAGGUUUCUUUGCCUCCAUGGGUUCAGGACCAGCGCCGAGAUUCUCAAGAAGCAGGUGGUCGGGAAAUGGAAUCCGGCCGUGGUGGAGAAACUGGACCUUGUGUUUUUAGAUGCGCCCUUUCCUUGCCAAGGAAAAUCCGAUGUGGAGGGAUUGUUUGAUCCUCCUUAUUAUGAGUGGUUCCAGUUCAACAAGGAUUUAACAGAAUAUCAGAACUUUGAUGAGUGUGUUGAAUACAUAGAGGAUUACAUGAUAAAGCAUGGACCUUUUGAUGGUCUUCUUGGUUUCUCCCAGGGUGCAAUUCUGUCAGGAGCAUUGCCUGGAUUACAAGAGAAGGGUGUGGCUUUGAAAAAGGUUCCCAAGAUCAAAUAUCUCAUAAUAAUUGGCGGAGCAAUAGUGAAGGACAAAGAAGUUGCAGAAAUGGCAUAUGCUUCACCAGUUUCAUGCCCUUCUGUUCAUUUCAUAGGGAAGGAAGAUUUCCUCAGGGAGCCUGGGCUGCACCUCAUAGAAUCAUGUGUUGAUCCCUUAGUCAUUCAUCAUCCUAAGGGCCACACAAUCCCUCGGUUUGAUGAGAAAGGGUUGGAAGAUAUGCUUUCUUUUGUGGAGAGGAUUCAGAAGGAGAUCAACAUGGCAGACGAGCAGAUUGAAAAACAGAUUGUGUCUUAAGGUCUGUUUGGAAAGCAGGAAAAUGAUUUUUGAAAAAUGAGUCAUUUUUCAGAAAAUAUUUUCCUUUCUUGUGUUUGAUUGCAAAGCAUAAAACUGUGUUUGUGUGUCUGGUUCAUUUUCCAGAAAAUGGGUAGGAAAAUGAAUAAAAUUGUAUAAUUAAAUAUUUUAAAUAAUUUGUUUAAAUAUAACAACAUUUAUAAUAACAAUUUCCAGUAUAUAUUUAUAUAUUA